AAAAUGAAAGGUGGUUCACUAGUUCGUACGUUCAUUCAUCUGUUUCAGAAGCUGUGACACUGUGUUUUUGUCCUAAUCCUCUGAAAAAAUCCAUGUUCUUCGCUUCAUCACAACGCUAGAUUCUCUCCUCGCGUUUCGAUCUCUUUCAAUUCCAAUGGAUCCAUGGUCACUCCUCCAAAACGACGCCGCAUCCUCCAAAACGACGCCGCGUCCGUUAUACUCACACUCACACUCCUCUUCUUCUUCCGACGACGACGACGCCGUUUCACCCUCCACCUCCAUCCAAUCCACCAACCGUCGUCUCGACUGCAUGCUCCAGUUCCUCGACCGGAAACUCUCCGCCGACCACCACCACGAGACUUCACUUUCCGGUCCCGCACCUCUGCCGGAGUUCAUCGCGAACGGCGGAGGCGCCGGCAUCUUCCGACCACCGGCUCGCGCGGCGGUGCAUCCCUCACGCCCUCCGAGUCUCGAAUUGAGGCCGCAUCCUCUGCGGGAGACGCAGAUUGGGCGGUUUUUGAGGAACAUUGUGGCUACCGAGACGCAGCUGUGGGCUGCGUCGGAGUGCGGGAUUCGGUUUUGGAGCUUCAAGGAUCUGUACGCGUCGUGGUGUGGGGUCGGGGAAGGUGGUGUGGAUGUGAGGAGCGGUGGCGAUGAGGAGAGUGCGCCGUUUCGGGAGUCGGUGUGGACUCCGCCGGCGUUGUGUUUGGUUCCGGAUGAGGGGAAUAGGUUGGUGUGGAGUGGGCAUAAGGAUGGGAAGAUUCGGUGUUGGCAGAUGGAUUAUCAGAGUUUGGAUGAUCACAAAUGGAGUAAUCGCUUCAAGGAAUGCUUGUCUUGGCAAGCUCAUCGUGGCCCUGUUCUUUCCCUUACCAUCACUUCUUAUGGGGAUCUAUGGUCGGGUUCGGAAGGAGGGGUAAUCAAAAUAUGGCCUUGGGAGGCUGUUGAAAAAUCUAUUCAUAUGUCGGAGGAGGAAAGGCCCAUGGCUGCAAUACAUGUGGAGAGGUCCUAUGUUGAUUUGAGGAGCCAGCUGUCUACAAGUGGCUUUGGUAACAUGCUAACGUCAGAUAUAAAGUACUUAGUAUCGGACACUUCAAGGGCAAAGGUGUGGAGUGCUGGUUAUUUUUCAUAUGCUUUGUGGGAUGCUCGCUCUAGAGAGUUACUGAAUGUUUUGAAUUCAGAUGGCCAGAUGGAGAAUCGGUCGGACUUGUCCUCAAUACAAGACUUUCCAGUUGAGCUUGUUGCAAGUUCUAGGAAAGACAAAACACAAAGUUCUAUUGGGUUCUUUCAACGCUCACGUAAUGCCUUAAUGGGGGCAGCAGAUGCUGUUCGUCGGGUUGCAACAAAGGGAGGCUUUGGGGAUGAUAAUCGAAGAACUGAAGCUCUAGUUGUAACAAUAGAUGGAAUGAUUUGGACAGGGUAUUCAAGUGGGUUACUGGUGCAAUGGGAUGGAAAUGGUAAUCGCAUGCAAGAGUUUCUUUACCAUUCAUUUGCCGUUCAGUGCUUUUGUACUUUUGGCAUGCAAAUUUGGGUAGGUUAUGUCUCUGGUACUGUCCAAGUAUUGGACCUGAAGGGUAAUCUGAUUGGGGGAUGGAUGGCUCAUAGCAGUCCAAUUGUAAAAAUGACGGUUGGAGCUGGUUAUGUAUUUGCAUUGGCUAGCCAUGGUGGCAUACGUGGAUGGAACAUCACUUCCCCAGGACCUCUUGACAACGUAUUGCAUUCAGAGUUGAGCGGCAAAGAAUUUUUAUAUACUAAAAUAGAAAAUAUAAAAAUAUUGACUGGCACUUGGAAUGUUGGACAAGAAAAAGCAUCUCAAGAUUCCCUUGCUUCAUGGCUAGGUUCUGUGGCCUCAGAUGUUGGCCUAGUUGUUGUUGGGUUGCAAGAGGUUGAAAUGGGUGCUGGAUUUCUUGCAAUGUCCGCAGCUAAAGAAACUGUUGGAUUGGAAGGAAGUUCUGUUGGACAGUGGUGGCUGGAUAUGAUAGACAAAACAUUGGAUGAAGGUUCAACAUUUGAACGUAUUGGAUCUAGGCAACUUGCAGGCAUGGUUAUUGCUGUGUGGGCUAAAACCAACAUAAGAUUCCAUGUUGGGGAUGUUGACGUGGCAGCAGUUCCAUGUGGCUUUGGACGUGCUAUUGGCAACAAGGGUGCUGUUGGUCUGAGGAUUAGAGUGUAUGAUCGGAUAAUGUGCUUUGUUAAUUGUCACUUUGCUGCACAUUUAGAUGCAGUUAAUCGUCGCAAUGCAGAUUUUGAUCAUGUAUACCGGACAAUGUCUUUUGGCCGGCCAACAAACCUCUUAAAUGCUACAGCUGCUGGCACUUUAUCUUCUAUUCCGAUAUUCCGUGGUACAAAUUCCGCAGAAGGGAUGCCCGAGUUAUCUGAGGCAGACAUGAUUAUAUUUCUCGGUGAUUUUAAUUAUCGCCUUGAUGACAUUUCAUAUGAUGAAGCAAGAGAUUUUGUUUCCCAAAGAUGCUUUGAUUGGCUAAGAGAAAAGGAUCAACUUCGAGCAGAAAUGGAAGCUGGGAAUGCCUUCCAAGGAAUGCGUGAAGCAAUUAUAACAUUUCCUCCCACAUACAAGUUUGAACGGCACCAAGCUGGUUUGGCAGGGUAUGAUUCUGGUGAAAAGAAACGUAUACCUGCCUGGUGCGACAGAAUUUUGUAUCGUGAUAAUCGCUCUUCUUCGGUGGCCGAAUGCAGUUUACAGUGUCCUGUAGUCUCUUCAGUAUUGCAGUACGAAGCCUGCAUGGAUGUAACAGAUAGUGACCACAAACCUGUGCGCUGCAUCUUUUCUACAGAUAUUGCUCGAGUGGAUGAAUCAAUCCGGAGACAGGAGUUUGGGGAGAUUCUUGAGUCAAAUGAGAAAAUUAAAUGUCUUCUGAAAGAAUUAUACAAGAUUCCUGAAACUAUCAUUAGUACGAACAACAUAAUUCUUCAAAACCAGGACACAUUGAUUUUGCGUAUUACAAAUAAAUCUGCAGAAGACAAUGCUUUGUUUGAAAUACUUUGUGAAGGUCAGUGUACUGUUAUGGAGCAUCAGAAGGCUACUAACCAUCAGUUGAGAGGUUCCUUUGGCUUGCCAAGGUGGCUUGAGGUAAGUCCUGCAACUGGUAUUAUAAGACCAGAUGAAAUUGUUGAGGUAUCAGUACAUGAUGAGGAAUUUCAGACUCUUGAAGAGUUUGUUGAUGGGGUUGUACAAAACUCUUGGUGUGAAGACUCCAGAGACAAGGAAGCUAUAUUGGUUGUUAAGGUGCAUGGCAAUUACACUGUGCAGGCAAGAGACCACCGUGUCCGUGUUCACCACUGUUAUUCAUCGAAGAAAAACCAAAUGAUAGACCCUCAAUCAAACGGCUCCAGGCAUAUCCAAGGAAGUGCACUACACCGAUCCGAUUUCCAACGUUUCAGCAGUUCCUUAGAUGUGGUUGACCAGCUACAGAAAUUGAAAAGCCCUUAAAGCAGCAGUUUAUGUGAGUGCAUGUAACUAUUUUAUUUUAUUGUUUUGGUGGAAGAGCAAAUGAUUGGUAGAUGGUUUUGGAACACGCACAAGGUCUUGUUUAUACAUGCUGUAAUAAGCAUCUUGAUCAUGUUUGUUAAUUUUUUCCCCCAUAGGGAGCUUGGGGUCCAACUUGUAAUCAUCAAGCUGAUUGAACUGUACAGAGAAAGCAAAUACAUGGCAAAAAAAAUGUAGAGACAGCUUUUUCUAGAUUAUUUGAUUUAUUCAGAAAUGACCCCAAUUUAUUGUGUAAAUGACUAUGUGCCUUACAACACAACCUGCAACUGAAGGGGAAAACCUAAUGACAUGUUGCUACUGCAACAUUGUUUUGUUUGUUCAUUACAAUAAAUAUUUGAUACUUUUCUAGUUACAACUUUGUAUUUUUUGUCUGGAAUUGUGUAAUGGAAAAGUCCAUUUUGUUUAUCGA